GAACCCUCCGAACUUACUAUUCAUUAGCUACCAAAAAAAAUAACUUAACAGUUGUUUUGAAAAGAGAUCAGUGUUUGUAUGAAUUCUUUGCCGUAUAGUCGGAAAGACAAAAACAACAAAACAUUAUUAAGAUUGAAAAAACGUUUCUGUCACAACGUGAAGAAGAGCUUAACAAAACGCUUUCAAUUUAACUUCUUAUGCGUGCUUAAGCAAAAAAAAAAAAAAAAAAAAAAAACUUCAAUUUUAAAUAAAACAAUAAGAAAAUAUUAAAUUUUAAUAGAAAAUAAUUAAAAAUAAAAUAAAUAAAAUGUUUACUUUAUCUGAACACCGUUCGUUGUCACUACUGUUACUUGCCCUAAUUCAUAUAAUAAGUCUAGAUGGAGCAAAAUUACGUUUCAAUAUCAGCGAUAAUGAGGUGAAUAAAAACGAGGAAGAGUUUUAUGAUAAAGCAAACGCUAUGCCCGAUGAGAUUAUCGACUUUCGUAAUAAAUAUGCCGCCAAAAUGUUAAGCUAUAUGAAUCGAUCUAUAGAUCCAUGCGAAGAUUUUUAUGAAUACGCUUGUGGUAAUUGGAAGAAUGUUAUCGACGAUCGUGAAGCUCCAUCGAAGCGUAACAAUUUAAUAGAUAUUCGUUACAAACUUAUGGAUAUCGUUGAAAACUUUCUAUUACAAUCGAGUAUCGAUCAAUUAGCUCCAGAAUAUUCAAAUGAAUUUUUCUUAGCGCAAAAAUUUUACAAUAAUUGCCUUAACGCCCAAAUACAUCCGCCGCAUAAAUCUGAGGAAUAUUUAAAAGCGUUGGAAGCAAUGGGUGGUUUUCCUGCUAUUGAUCCCGAAUGGCAAGCCGAGAACUUUAAUUGGUUAAAUAUGAGCGCUCAUAUGAGUAAUUACGGCAUCAAAGGUUUAAUUAACGAAGCCCUUAGUACGGAAUAUCCUUUUGGUCCGUUCUUCAAAUUACCAAGAAUAGGUCUAGACAUUGAAAUGCAUUAUGAUAAUGUGCAAAAUACUUCGAAUGCGUAUUUAACAAAUCAAAAACUUAUGAUUGAUUUAUUGAAGAUUCAUGGUGUUAAAGAAGAAAGAAUUGAUCAAAUCGUUAACGAUAUAUUCAAGUUUUUUGAAGCCAUUCUGAAAGUGUUUGAACAAAUUAAUGAAAAUGUACUCCAAUGUCAUGCUUUCAUUAAUAUAUCAUUAGCUGAAGAUACCGAGUUUUACGCUCAAUGGCGGAAUUAUUAUAAAAUCGCUUGGAUGGGAAAUGAAUUCAAUUUCAGUGAUGAAGAAACAAAUGAACCAAUGCCUUGCUUAUUUUUUUAUAAAAAUUUAAAUAACAUAAGCAAGGAACACAGCGAAGCUAUGGCAAAUUAUUUAUCACUUAAAUUUCUUUAUCGUUUGAAUGCAUUCGAAUUAACGGAUACGAAAUAUCAAAGGGAUUACUGCAAAAGACAAAUAAUGCAAACAUUUCCAUUUCUAUUUGAUCAACUAUAUAUGAAGACAUACUUCGAUGAAGGAGUUCGUAAAGAUGUGAAAGAAAUGGUUAAAAUAAUUCGUGAUAGUUUGAGAAGUAUUUUACGCGGAGCUGAUUGGUUGGAUGAGGAGACGCGACAGGAAGCGUUGCGAAAGGAGUCGUCAAUUGUGGUGCAUGUUGGACGCUCUGAAGAUCCAGAAUUAAUUAACCGACUUAUACGUGAAAUGCGAAGUUUAACUUUUGCGGAGGAUAAUUAUGAAGCGAAUAAUCUAAAUUUGAGAAAAUUUAGAGCAUUCAUGAAACGUUAUAGCGGCUUGCAUGCGGAAGAUAUCAGCAAUACAACCAGACCUUUAGAUAUUUUGAUCGGGAUGCAACCCAACGCUUUUUAUUAUAAUCUUGAAAAUGCUGUGUACGUUAUGGGUGGCAUUUUGCAUCCUCCGGUUUAUCAUAAGGCGUGGCCAGAUUCCGUAAAAUUUGGCACAUUAGGUUAUUUAUUAGGUCAUGAAUUCACCCAUGGUUUUGAUACAACUGGUGUUAAUUACGACAGUGACGGCAACAGUAGAUAUUGGUGGUCCAAUGUGUCUUUCAAAUCAUUCAAUGAUCGUUCCAAUUGUUACGCGGAACAUUACCAAAAAUAUAUGAUUCCAGAAAUCAAUCGUUUCAUUAACGGGAAUUUAACGAAAGAUGAAAAUAUUGCCGAUAGCGGUGGUUUACGCGAAGCCUUCAUGGCUUAUCCACGGCGUACAAAAAUGAAAGCUGGUCUUUCAAGAUUAUUGAAAAACGAUGAACAAAUGCCAGGAAUGAAUUUGUCUUCAGAACAAUUAUUUUUUCUAAGUUUCGCCCAACUUUGGUGUUCAUCGUACGAAGAAGCAGACUAUUGGAAAGAAUUUCUAAAUGAUCAUCCCAUCGAUAAAUAUCGAACCUUAGGAGCCGUUACAAAUAAUUAUGAUUUUGCUCAAGCGUAUAAUUGCCCGUUAGGAAGCAAAAUGAAUCCUACCGCAGACAAAUGUAGAAUGUGGUAAUCAGUAUUGAAUAUUAUUUAUAAAAUUUUCAAUUAAAAUAUAAACUUAUUAAAACUUUAUUUUACAAAA